AUGGAUUUUAUAGGAAUUUCAGUGGGCGAGAGCAGCCAUGCAGACGACAACUCGUCGCAGCUAAGGGCGUACCACAAUAUGGCCAGCGAAGCGCAGUCUCCUUCAGUGGCGGCGGCAGCAGAGACUGCCAGCGACCUCAACCACUUGCUGCGGCCUCUGCACUGGACGGCCGUCAUGCCACACCCACGCGGCAGCGCCACAUCACUUAUCUGCUACCGACUCUACACCUUCGGCUUGAUAGCCUUGAACUUGUCGUUCUUCGCCUCCACGGUCAUCGUGUUGUACAGCGAGGGCACAGCAGACCUGGACGUUUUCACGCUGACGCUCAGCGUCGCAGACACAAACGGCACGUGGCUCUUCCGCAUGGCGCACACCUUUGUGUGCGAGCGUGCCUUCCAUAAGCUCUCACAUCAGGUGGGUGAUGACUUCGCUGAAUUCCUGACUUGGGACGACAUUCCGAUGCUACGCGCGCAGUGUCGCAUUAUGCGUCGAUUCACGCUGACCUACAUCUGGUUCGGCAUUAUUGCCUGUGCCUAUUACCUGGUCUCGCCCGUCAGCGCUGAGGGCCUGCCCUUCAUACUCGCUCUGCCCAUUGAUGCGAUGCAGCCGGUAGGCUUUGCCGUAACGUGGCUCUACUGCACCGUUGUGACCCUCCACGCUGUUGUCAUGACCAUGGUGCUCGACUCCUUCAAUGUCAGCCUCAUCUCGCAGCUACGUGUACAGCUCACACUGCUCAACAAGAAAAUUGUCAGUCUCGCCAGAGAGAUGUCCGAGAGAACAGAUAACUCUUCAGAAACGACUGACCAUGCUGAACUUCGUUAUCGACUGGAGAAGUGUAUCCUCCACCAUCAAGCAAUUAUCAAGAACGCAGACUUGUUGGAGAGCAGCCUGGCAGGGAUGCUACUGGCGCAGAGCAUGUCUAUCGGCGCCUCCACUUGCUUCCAGAUGUUCCAACUUGCCACGAGAACAAACGGUAUGCAACAGACUGGGAAAUCCGGCAGCUACCUGAUUGCUAUGCUUGCGGAGCUCUUUGUGUACUGCUACUUUGGAGACGAUCUCAUUAAUGAAAGCGAGAACGUGGCGCUGGCAGCGUACGACGCUGUGACGUCACUGCAGGAGUGCCCCCUGUCCAUCAAGCGGUCGCUGCUGCUUCUGAUGCACCGCGCGCAGCGACCGCUACGCAUCACGGCCGGUGGGUUUUUCCCACUCUCCAGGGAGUCCUUUGUCUCGGUCGUCAAUGUGUCUUACUCAUUCUUCGCCAUUCUACGCAAUUUCAAGAAUGAAGGGGAGUAGCGCACUUCAGUUUGUAACACUGUUCUCACGUUUUGUUCCGUUACAAAGGAAGGUUUCAUCAGGAAUGAGCAAUAUCAUUUUAUUUACUUUUGUGAACAAGGGAUCAUUUUUUAUCCGGAAAGCCUCUGUUACGUAGUAUAAUAAAACAAAUUAGUGUAAUAGCAAAAGGAAAAG